UGGAUUGAUUCUUUCGCAGAUCUCGUAAAUGACGCCUUUGGUUACCAAUUCUCAUCGCACACACGCCACAUUCAGAAAAGUUAUGGGAAAGAAAUUGAUUGUUUGGGUGACUUGCAUCAUAGCCGCCGUGGUCAUACUCAAGGGCUACUCAAUCGGGAAUUUCACACUCCUAAUAGGGACUGAAUGUCCGCAAGUUCUUUCCCCGAAUGAAGCACUGAAGUUUCACAUACCUUUGGGAUCCUGGGCCGGAUUUCUCGUACGAUCCGGGAAGAUCAGAGACAACCGAGACGGGAAGUUGGUGCAGAACUACAAUCUGGAACAUCCGGAGAUCUCCGACUUCUCGGAGCACAAACAGUCAACGGCACUGGUAAAAAUCUUCGGCGGAAAGAAAGGAGGAACAUACUUUGAAGUGGGAGCAUUUGAUGGAGAAUUCUUCGCGAAUUCAUUGAUGCUGGAACGUGAAUACGGCUGGACAGGAAUACUGGUUGAGCCGGUGAAGCCCUUCUUCGAAUCCGUCAUUCGGAAAGGCAGGAGAGCCGCCAUUUUGAACUCAUGCGUCAGCUCCACACCUCAGUUCGAAGUGAUUUAUGUGAAAACACCAGAAAAUGGAACACUCCACCAGCAGAGCAUGAGUGCCAAAGACGGCACUCUGCCAGUCGGUGGAUCUGGCUUACACAAUGUUCCUGUGGAGUGCUACCCCCUCUACGACAUUCUCGUGGCUUGUAAUUCAACCAAGUUGGACGCUUUGUUCCUGGAUGUACAAGGACCAGAGUAUGACAUUUUGACCACAGUUCCAUGGGAAUAUGUGGACAUACAGCUUGAGAAACUCAACUAA